GGGCGGAGGCUCAUCGGGGCGAGCUAGCCGGGGCUGUCCGGGCGCGCGCCGGGUCGCCGCCAUGACAGAUCAGACCUACUGUGACCGUUUGGUCCAGGACACACCUUUCCUGACAGGCCAUGGGCGCCUGAGUGAGCAGCAGGUGGACAAGAUUAUCCUGCAGUUGAACCGCUAUUACCCUCAGAUCCUAAGCAACGAGGAGGCAGAAAAGUUCCGUAACCCCAAAGCUGCCCUACGUGUACGGCUCUGUGACCUCCUCAGCCACCUGCAGCGGAGUGGCGAGCGGCACUGUCAGGAGUUCUACCGCGCCCUGUUCAUGCAUGCCCAGCCCCUGCACCACCGCCUGCCCAGCCGGCACGCCCUCGAGGACUCAGAGAGCACAGAGCUAGACUGGGCCGCUGCGAGCUGCGAGCUCAGUGACAGGGGACCCGUGGCCUUCCUGGCCUGCUUGGGCCUGGCUACAGGACUGGCGCUGCUCAUCUACUGCUACCCUCCAGACCCCAAGGUGCUUCCUGGGACCCGGCGCGUCCUGGGCUUCUCCCCAGUCAUCCUGGACCGGCAUGUCAGCCGCUUCCUGCUGGCCUUCCUCACAGAUGAUCUAGGGGGGCUCUGACGGAUUCCCACCCACCUACCACCCACCAAAGAGUCCUGUUCACCCAGGGCCACUUCUUUUCUAAAAGCUUAUUUUCUACUAUUUAUGAUUUCUUUAAGAAGCACUUCACCCUCGCCUUAUAUGGAUGCUCAGCAACAUUAAAUGUUUGAGUGUUGUCAGGAUUGUGUUCUAGAUGUUUCUGACUCCAGACUCCAUGAUGUUUCAGCCUGGGC